AUGACGUUCGAACCUGUAACGACAAAUCUUGCCGUCCUGAAUCUAAGCUUUCUUCUCCAUCCAUUGGACACACUUCCAAUCACCGCACCCCUAUCCUAUGCCAUUUACCAAGGCUGCUUUUCCCCUCUUUCCAACACCCCCGGCCCAUUCCUCGCGAGUCUCACAAGAUGGUGGCUCGCCAAACUCUCCGUCGCCGGCAACUACAACACUUUCAUGGCGUCUUUGCACAAUAAAGAAGUCAGCAUAGCAGAUCUCACAGACAUCAAGCAAAUCUACGGCUUCGGUUCCAGAUUCCAAGAGAGUGACUGGUACGGAGUCUGGCGAGGACAUCGGAAGUUUAACGUUUUCGGGGGCCAGGAUAUGCAAGUGCACGCGCUGCAACGAAAACUAGUGGCAAGGGCUUACGCGCUGGAGAGCUUGGAGGAUUUGGAGCCGUAUGUGGACAGGUCGAUUGAAGUGUUUAUGAGGAAGAUGCAUGAGCAGUUAGAUCAGGAGAUCAAUAUGGCGGAAUGGGCUCAGCUUUCGCUUUUGACCAUGGAACCUUCCCUUCUAUCGCAACUCACCUGGCUAGGGCAAGUCCCCUGGCUAUUCUGGCUCUACGGCCUUCUCAUCCCGUACAUCGGUAACUACCUAGGUGUAAACAUGCGCCACGGCCCGCUUCGAGACUACGCUCUAAAAGCAGCUGCCGAACGGCAAAAAUGGCUAGCAGAAAAGAGAGACAUGAUCGGCCGCUUCUUUGAAACCAGUGCCACCAAACCUGAAGAAUUUGACUACAAUGCUAUUGUAAGCAUGGGUACUACGAACAUCACAGCCGGUAGCGACACCACAGCCGUCUCAACUCGAGCAAUCAUCUACCACCUACUCAAGAACCGUACCGUAAAGCAGAAACUGCUUGAAGAAAUCGACGAGUUGAGAAGGAAAGGCGAACUGGGCGACCCGGUCCGCUUUGACAAAGCAAAUAAGAUGACUUACCUCCAAGCCAUCAUGCAAGAGGGCCUUUGUAUGCAUCCCGCAGUUGGAAUGAACCUACCACGUGUGGUUCCACUUGGUGGAACGGAGAUCAACGGACAUUACUUUCCCGAGGGAAGUGUUCUAGGUGUUAUCGCGUGGGUUGUGCAUCAGAACAAAGAUGUGUAUGGUGAAGACGCAGAUCAAUUUAGACCGGAGAGAUGGCUGAAGAAGGAUGCACAUGAUAUGAGGAAGUCCAAUUGCAAGUACCGAUUCUUCUCCUUCGGCGGCGGGUCUAGAAGCUGCAUUGGGAAAAAUAUCAGUUAGCUCGAGAUGUCCAAGCUCAUCCUAACGCUCUUUUUACGCUACGGCAUUGAACUCGCCCUGCCAUGGAAGGACUGGACGCAGAUGUGCUAUUUCUUCGUGUUGAAGAAAGACUUCUUUGUUCGAUUAACACCGAGGAAAGAUCCUGCUACCGAAGCACGAGCAGGAGGACUGUUGAGGAAAUAGGCAAAAUCGUCAAUACCAAGUAUUCAAUUUGAAAUAGGGGGGUUGUGGUAGCAGAUGAGCUAGAAAUUGGCGAUAGUCAUUCAGGCAAGAAAGGAUAGGUGACUGAUUGGAUCUUAUCGUGUAACAGGUAACAUGACAGAGGUAUAAU